AUGACGAACAGAAACAAGUACGAAUCUAUGGAGUCAUAUCCCAUUGAUGAUUAUCAUAUGCCUCUACUCAACAUUUCAUUAGAUACAAUUACAGAAAGCCUAGGGUUUGAGAGCUUCAAUGAGAAAUCAAAAUGCAGUUUCAACGAAUUAGCUGAACGAAGAUCAAAUACAAAAUGUACUAGUUCAGUAGCAGUUAGAGAUUUCCCGCCACUUUUAUCAAGUUUGUUUGAGAACGGACGGCCAAGAUUUGAUCUAGAAAAAGUGCGGGAAAAUGGACGGCUGCAGAUUUCAAGGGUGAAAAAUAAUCGCCCGGAGGUUAUUGUUGAACGUAUACAUCCAGGUGAAGAAAGUGUGAGAAUAAAGUUUAUCGAUGGAAAAAAAGAUUCGUCUUCUUCUGGUACGGAGGAAUUUUGA